GCAAAUUGCUGCAGAGGACACGUAACAGGGUCGCUCGCACAUCGCCUGAACACGGAUAUAGCUGCGUGCACUGCUUUAACUGACUCUCUUAAUCGUCGCGCUGCGCUGUUGUGAAGGACGCGGUUAAUCAACGUCGCCACAGUGAGUAGCAGCAUUGUAGCAGCUACAAGCUCGACGCCAUCGCAGCGAUCAUGAGACGGAUACUCGCAGCAGCACUAGUCGUCGCCUGCGGUGCGGUCGCGCCGCGGACGCGCGCGCCCUCAUCGGGCCUCGCCGCGCUUCGCCGGAUCCCGCGUGGCGGCCAGCAGCUCUUCGUCAAGACGCUGUCCGGCAAGACGGUCUCCAUCGAGUGCGAGGAGAGCGACAAGAUCGAGGACGUCAAGGCCAAGAUCGAGGAGAAGGAGGGCGUGCCCGUCGACCAGCAGCGCCUCAUCUUCGCGGGCAAGCAGCUCGACGGCCAGAAGACGCUCCAGGAGUGCGGCAUCAACGAGGGCGACUCGCUUUCGAUGGUGCUGCGCCUCCGCGGCGGGCCCCGUGCGUAAGAUAGAUCGACUCA